AUGGCGACGCACUCGCCCACGCGCGUCGCGGCAGCGACCAGCGUACACCUGGAGGAAAGGCCACCUAGUAACUUAAUCUCACCCUUGGAUUCUAGCGCGGUGUAUUCAAAAAGCAAGCCCCAGAAAAAAAUCGGCGACCUCAUCGACUCCCGGCUCCAACGCAAAUGGUCCUGGUGGCUGAACCCCCUCCGGCUGCAGAAGAUCCCUCCCAUUCCCGAGGAGCGGUCUGUCUGCCCUGAAUAUGGCGCGGGGAUUUUUAAUAUCAUUAGCUUCCAGUGGAUUGCUUCUUUGAUGCAUGUCAGUUUUCAUCACCUACAAUGGCAAUCUGAUUUCUUGGAAAGAAAGAGCAAGCUGACACAAGCUGACAUGAAGGUCGGAUACUUACGUCCUAUCGAGCAGCAAGAUAUCUGGAAGGUUAAUCCAGAUCGUGCCGCUGCCCGGCUCGUGGAACGUUUCCAAGACGCGUACCGCCGACAAUUGGAACAGGGGGAGAGAAACCAGAAUGAGCAUCGGAACCUCCUCCUCAUCUCCCUGCACGAGACCUUUAAAUACGAAAUCUGGGUCGGCGGCAUCUGUCAGCUCAUCAGUGCCGUCAUCUCCGCUCUCACUCCUCUGGCUACACGGUAUCUGAUCUCCUUUGUUUCGGAUGUCUACAAUGCCAAACACAGUGGCCUGCCAGGCCCGGGCAUCGGGCGGGGCAUCGGCAUCGUCAUCGGAAUAACCUGCAUGCAGGUUCUCCAGAGCUUGGGGACUAACCAUUUCAUGUAUAAGGGGAUGAUUGUUGGUGGGCAAGCGAAGGCUGUGUUGACGAGCGUGAUCUUCAACAAGGCACUGAAGCUAUCUGGGCGUGCGAAGAGCAGGUGGACCAAUGGCAGGAUUCUGACGCUGCUCAGUGUCGACAUCGACCGCAUCAAUAUCGCGUCGGGCAUGCUGCAUAUUCUAUGGACUGCCCCGCUUACCAUAAUUCUCACGCUGGUCAUUCUCGCGAUCAAUAUCGGGUACAGCGCUCUGUCCGGUUACGCCCUGCUGGUCAUCGGCAUCCCUCUGUUGGCCUACUCCAUCCGCUCUCUCGUCAAGCGCCGCAAAACUAUCAACAAGCUCUCCGACCAGCGCGUAUCCCUCUCCCAGGAAUUCCUGGAAAACAUCCGUAUCGUCAAAUUUCUUGGCUGGGAAUCCAGUUUCCUGUCCCGUCUAACGGAAAUUCGUGGUCGUGAGAUUAAGGAGAUCCGGCUACUUCUGGCAAUACGCAACGCCAUUCUUUGUGUCUCGCUCACGUUGCCGGUGUUCGCGUCGAUGCUGUCAUUUAUCACGUAUUCGCUGUCAGGGCAUUCGCUUACACCAUCUCGUAUUUUCUCCUCCGUGGCGCUGUUCAAUGGGUUGAGGAAUCCACUGAAUCUCCUGCCACAGGUCAUUAGCCAGCGGAGGGAGGAUGUGAAGUUUGACGAAGGGAUGGACCAGGCUAUCCGUUUGGAGAAUGCGUCCUUUACCUGGGAAAAGGUGCCGUCUGAAGGGCAAGGUGGGAAUACACGGCAUCCGUGCUCAAAGUCGCAACAGAGUCAAGCUAGGGAUGAGAAAGGCGAGCCGGAGCCCUAUAAGCUGGCAAACCUCAACCUCUCCGUCAAGCCAAACGAGAUAAUAGCAGUCAUCGGCUCGGUAGGAUCCGGCAAGUCAUCCCUUCUAUCAGCCCUGGCUGGGGAGAUGCGGUUAACAACAGGGGAGGCCCGAAUCAGGUCCAGCACAGCAUUCUGCCCACAGCAGGCCUGGAUUCAAAGUACCUCUAUCAAAAACAACAUCUUAUUCGGCAAGGCGUACAAUGAAAAGUGGUAUAACGACGUCGUGGACGCGUGUGCUUUGAAAACAGAUUUCGAGAUGCUGCCCGCAGGGGACGAAACGGAGGUCGGGGAACGAGGCAUCACCUUGUCAGGCGGCCAGAAGCAGCGCCUGGACAUUGCGCGUGCGGUCUACUCGAACACAGACAUAAUCCUGAUGGAUGAUCCGCUUUCCGCUGUUGAUGCCCAUGUUGGUCGUCAUACUAUGGAUCGUGUAAUCUGCGGCCUGUUGCGGGGGAAAUGCAGGAUUUUAGCGACACAUCAACUACAAGUUGCUUUUGACACUUUCGACAAUUUGAUCCGGGAUAAUUACAUCUUCCAACAGCUCAUGUCCGGGAUGGCGCAGGAGAGAGAGACAAAGCAAAGUGACACAAUGGGCAAGGGGCAUACGGAAGAGACUCCGAAGAAGACCCCUCGGACUGGAAAGGCAAUCAUGCAAAAGGAAGGACGGGAGGUCAACUCGGUUAGCUGGAGCGUCUGGAAAGCCUAUAUCUUAGCCUCCGGGCCCCGCUCCAGUUUCAUAUACAUGCUGAUCUUAACCCUCAGCCUUCUGGCCACGGGCGGUGCGACAAUCACGACGAAUCUAUGGCUGGCUUAUUGGACCUCCAGCAAGUGGGAUCUUUCCAAUGGGCAGUAUAUCGGCACCUACGCAGGCCUCGGCGGGGCCCAGGUCUUGUUCAUGUACACCUUCGCCUUGGUGCUGGCUAAGGCGGGCACAGAUGCAAGUAAGCUGAUCCUCCAGCGUGCCGUAGAUAGAGUCAUCAGGGCCCCAAUCACCUUCUUUGAUACGACCCCUAUCGGACGUAUUACGAAUCGUCUGUCGAAGGAUAUCCAGGUCAUGGAUAAUCAGUUGACGGAAGGCCUGCGGACGUUCACUGUGACGAUCACAACCAUCAUCUCAGUCAUUAUACUCAUCAUUUUAUUUUACUACUAUUUCGCCAUCGCCCUCUUCCCACUGCUCAUUCUCUUCCUCCUUGCCGCAAACUACUACCGCGCCUCGGCCCGUGAUAUCAAACGACAUGAUUCCAUCCUCCGAUCACACGUUUUCGCCCAAUUCACUGAGGUCAUCUCCGGUGCAGCCUGUAUCAGAGCAUACGGGCUGCAGAAGCAAUUUGGCCUUCGUAUCAACACAGCGAUCGACGAAAUGGACGGAACGUACUUCCUCACCAUGGCCAACCAGCGCUGGCUCAGUGUCCGACUUAAUGCCGUGGGAACUGCGAUGGUACUCGUGACGGGCAUCCUGGUCAUAACCUCUCGAUUCAGCGUCUCUCCCAGCAUCGCGGGUUUGGUCCUCGCAUAUAUAUUGAUGAUUGUGCAGACCCUGCAGUUUACCGUUCGCCAGCUUGCAGAGGUAGAGAAUCACAUGAACGCUACCGAGAGACUACAUUCUUACGCUACUCAGUUGGAGACGGACGAAAAGGAAGACGCGUGCGGCCAGCAGGGCACACUCAGCCAGCUUUCUCCCACCUGGCCGCAAAAUGGGAUUAUCACGUUCUCAAACGUGCACAUGCGAUAUCGCCCAGGUCUUCCGCUCGCACUACGUGGCCUGAACCUCGAGGUCCGUAGUGGAGAGCGCAUUGGGAUUGUCGGUCGCACCGGCGCGGGGAAAUCAAGCAUCUUAUCCGCGCUGUUCCGCAUUACCGAAUUGGCGGUGGGUACGAUCAAGAUAGACGACGUUGACAUCACGACCGUCCCGCUAAAUUCCCUCCGUUCUCGCCUUGCGAUCAUUCCCCAGGAUCCAACGCUUUUCCGGGGCACGGUGCGAAAAGUCUACCUAGCAGGGGAUGAAGGAAACGAAGAAGUAGAGGGGGAAGAAAAAGACGGCCCACACAGCAAACCAGCAGCCCUAAAGCUAGACACGGUCGUCGAAGAUGACGGCCGGAAUUUCUCAGUCGGACAGCGACAACUGCUAGCGUUUGCACGGGCUCUGGUACGAAACUCGCGCAUUACCGUCUUGGACGAGGCUACCUCGUCAGUGGACCUGGCUACGGAUCGUCGUAUUCAACAAAAUAUCGCUACGUGGUUCCAGGGAAGGACUCUGAUUUGCAUUGCGCAUCGGCUGCACACCGUCCUUUCGUGUGAUCGGAUUGUCGUGAUGGACCAGGGCCAGAUUGCGGAGGCGGAUCCGCCAUUGCGGCUGUGGGAGAGGGACAGGGGUAUCUUUCGGGGGAUGUGUGAUCGAUCUGGCAUCACAAGGGAGGAUUUCGAUUGUUCAUGA